CCUAUACCCAAACUACUAGAAAGAAUAAUUCGUUGAGAUUUUCUCACAUAUUAUUAUGUUUAAGAGUUCACUUUCACCACUCCUCAAAAGUUUCAACAAAUUUACCGUGCAAUGGCCUGUUUCUACAUUUAAAAACAAGGGCCUAGCCAUUCGUGCAUUUACCUCAAAGGUGAAAAAGACAUCUCCAGAACAAGAUUUUGCUGUCCCUUCUGUCGACGAGGAAGAAGAUAUGCUAAAUAAUUUGAUGGGAAAUGUUAAGGUGAAAUCUGCAGUAGAAGAUGGCGUUUCUGUUGAGGAUGUUAUUUUGAAACACCCAGAGUUAUUGAAGGAUGCACCUACUCCUUUAAGAAAGGCUGUAGAACAAACGCUGGCCGCUAGGAAGCUGAAGCUUGGAGAGAAGGAUCCAAAGUCUUCAUAAGGGAAGCCAGAGGUUUAGAUUACUCUUCCUAUCUUUCUAUCAUUACGAGCAUUUUUAACAUUACAUGAUACUCAAUUACGUCUUGAAACCAUUCAUGGUUUUCCAAAUGGAAGUAUUCCAAGCAUUCUUUUUAAUGAUUUACGAUAAUAUUCUCGUUUAUGACAAUUUCGAAUUGUAGAUAAGCAUGAGUCACCAUCAUUUAAUAAUUUAUCACAUUUGACAUACCUAACGCCAUUGUCUUUUGUUGUCUAUGUACUUAGCUUCUGAGGUUAUGGCUAAGUACUUUAGUAUAGAAAAGUAUGAAGCGUACAGAUCCAUUAUAACAUUUGUGAAAGUUCAACUAAAAGAAGAUAUUACAUUACAUCCACUAUAUUAAAGUCGCUGGCUUCGUCGAACGCGAAAACAUAAUGGAAGAAAAAAUUAAAU